GACCCGUUGAGCGUCAUAGCGGGCGUGAUCGGUAUCGUUGCCCCAGCACUUCAUGUGACACGUCUUCUGCUGAACGACCUUCGGAAGAUCUCUGAGGCGCCCUCCGUCGUCAGCGCUCUUUGUGAAGACGUUAGCUUUAUCGAAGGGAUGCUAGAGUCCCUGGAAGCAGUCAGCCAGCAGCAAUGGACAGCACUCGGUAUGACAGUGGCCAAGUAAUCGGAGCAUGCAAUUGCGACCUGCAUGAUGUCCUGUGCGGAGUUUAGGACUGACCUGCAACGCUGGACCCGACAUUCUACGGAGGGCAGUAUCUCAUGGCGCGACCGACUUGGCCUAGGCCUCUUCCGGGAGAACCAAAUUAAGGCUAUGUCUGAAUAACUACAGAAUCUCCAUACGACAUUAACUCUCGUCAUCAGCACAGCAACGCUGCAUAGCUCGAUUCACGACCAGCGUGUUACUGCGAAGUUGAAGGCGGCGAUCGCCGACAAGGAGAACAUCACCGAUUUAAUA